AAUCCUGAAACUCUACACCAAUCUUGCAUUCUCUCCUGCCUACAGGCUCAUUUGCCGUUACCCAUUGCCACAACGUGCACUUCCAACAAAAACAAAUGGCUGAGGUACUCCAAUAUACUGUGGAAGAUCUAGUUUAUUUAUCAAAAUCCUCACUUGUGAAAAAACCUAAUGACAUACCCGAAUGGAUUCUGCCUGAGGUCAUAAAGGCUGACAGAGAACGGCAUUUUCGUCAGGAAAAAGAGUAUAAGAAAAAUGAUGAUGAUUCGAAACAAUUCGAACGAAAAUACGCCAAAUCGAGGCAUGAUGAUAUUGUUCUUGGCCCGCCAAAACUAAGCUUUGCUAGUAGCAGUGAGAACGGUCGUACCGUGAAUAAGAGUGAUGAUGCUCUUUCUGCGGGAGGAGGCACAUACACACCACCAGGCUCACGAUUCCGUGGUGCUACCACGGGCUCACGAUUGGGCACGAACAACGGCAAUGGCGUCGGAGCAUGGAUGAAUGUGAAUAAACACACUAGUCGACGCCGUGCCAACGAUCACGAAAAACGAGAAACUUUGGAGAAAACACAUAAAAGUAGAACUUCUGGUUCUGGUGCGGCUCCUUCAGCACAUUCACUGGAGGAGUUCGAGGCUUGGAAAAAAAUGAUGAAAGGACAAAACGUGGCAGGUGGCACCGGUCCUGGAAAAAAGGCACCUUUGUCUAAAAUGGGUUCGGGAGCAGUUUCAGUGGCUUCUACCGCACCCAAUUCAGGUGUUUCCACACCUGUUCCUUCCGCUGCACGGCCUGGGCUGGUGAGUGUGGAUUCUAUGUUUGGCAAGUGGUUGAAUGGACAGAAUGCAAGUACCAAUGCCACUCCUUUGAAUUCUCCACCGCGUUACGGUUCACCCGCUUUGAGCGUUGAUUCAACGGCCGUUCCCGGCCCAAGUGCCAUGCCUGCUUCCCGUUUCAGUAAGUUUUUCAACGGGCUCAACGUGCCUGGUAGUGCUACUAAUUCCAAACCUGGAACUCCGGUGGUCUCUCAACCUGCAUCACCUCGUGUCGCACCCAAGGCAGCCGCUCCUCCUUCGAAGGGUCCCCGGGAACAGGGAAACGAACAGACGGAAAAGGACGCGGAGGGUUUCCAACGCAUUCUCGCAAUGUUGGGUCGUCAAUCAAAUAGCGUAUCAAAUUCGCCUCUUGUGAAUAACGCUCAAUUGGCCCCUGCCGCACCAGCUAACAUUGCCCCACCUCCCGGACUUGGAGGUCAUACUUUGAGUUCAGAAGAUGUUAUGUUCUUCCGUUCGCUUAUGACUGCGGAAUCCAAGGUGCCUCCACCACCUCCUGGUUUCGCCAACAAUGCGCCCGUUUACUCUCCUUACGGGAAAGCUGCACCCAUCCAGUCGCCAGGUGUUUAUGGUCGUAAUAUGCCAGAUUCGGGAAUGGUAUAUGCACCUCCUGGUUUUUCUAAUGCUACCCAAUCUAACACUUCUACUCCCUUUUCACCACCAGGCUAUGCGCAACGCCAGUAUGGUUAUGGAUUUCCUGAAUCGCUGAAUCCUUCGUGGGAAGGUUAGAUUUGCGAAGCUGCGAGGAUUAGUUUUCUCAACACUUAUGUUAAUUGUUUUCUCUGAGGCUUCUCAUUUGGGAUUCUAUUUAAGCAUCUCUAAAAAGUGGGUCUUACGAAAUUGGAGGGAUUGGUUGUGUUUUUGCUGUCGAUAAAAACAUUUGCAUUGUCGUCGCGCGUGUCUAUUACUUUGUAUCACGCUACAAUGUUUUCAUUCCCAAGCUCACAGUUGUUCCGUAUUUCAGAACUUUGUGGGCACAAAAAAGAUUGGGAGCUUUUAAACAGUUGAUAUAUUGCAAGCCAGUUUUUCCAGGAACACCCAACUCGUGUUCCGGCAGUCCCUUAACUAAUGUGUCCCGUCUUUACUAUAUUUGGAUCUAUGAACCGAGAGUUUAAUGAGAUGAAAUGCGUUAUACUGGCGUCUGGUCAUAAACAAACCUGAUUAUUAUUAUUAUCAUAUAUAAAUUAGGUAGUAUAUCAUCCAAAGUAAUUUAUUUUUAUCGUUGUUUUGCGAAUGGAGCCUUACGGUACUUAAAAUAUGAGUAUUCUUCUCGGUGUGUGAUCGUGUUUUCAUUGUAAUUUUG